GAACCGCUAAUCCGAUACUCUUACCAGCCUCUCCCGUCAAAGGACCGCAUCCGCCUCCUCCACCUCGACCCCUCGGAUGACCGAACAGCGCCCAUCACCAUCACCAUCUCCGAGCACCGGCUCAGUGAAGCACCCACAUAUGACGCCCUCUCCUACGCAUGGGGUGAUGUCGAUGACAUGCACGAUAUCGUCGCCCUCGACGGAUCAACCGCGCGCCGUGUCCUGCCUGUCACCAAAAACUGCCACUCGGCCCUUCGCCGGCUGCGGCUCCCAGACUCGCAGCGCGCCCUCUGGGUCGACGCCGUGUGCAUCAACCAGGACGACAUCUCCGAGCGCAACGCGCAGGUGGCGCUGAUGGGCGGCAUCUACCGCGACGCAACGCGGGUCGUUGUCGACGUCGGCGAGACGUCCGACUCGAGCGACGCCGCCAUCGACUUCAUUGCGCGCUACAGCCGCGACCCCGGCACCGGAACCAUCUUGUUCAACAUGACGGGCGGGCUCGGCAUCCGCAGCGCCAUCGGCGACUUCUAUCGCCGCCCGUGGUUCACGCGCGUCUGGGUACUGCAGGAGGUGUUCAUGGCGCGCCGAGAGACGGCCCAGCUGCUGUGCGGCGACCGUCUCGUCGACUGGGCCGUGUUCCGCCCGUUCAAGAUCUGGGUCGACUCCCGGCCGGCCUGGGAGACGGAGCACUGGCACGUAGCCCUCCCGACACUGGUCCCGCAAUCCCUCGUCAUCGGCAACCGCCACGGGCGCCAGCAUAGCGGCGGCCAGGACUUUUUGGCGCUGCUCUGCAAGGUACGCAGCUGCCUGUCCACGGAUCCACGCGACAAGGUCUUUGCGCUGCUCUCCAUGUUCGACUUUGGCCCGGACGACAAGGACAGGAUCGUGGCCGACUACGGGAAGUCGGCUGCACAGGUCUACGUCGAAGCUGCCGCGUGGCUUCUCCCGAGGGUUGGCCUCGCCUUCUUGUCGUGC